AUGUGCAAGCCGCCGUGGGUCGACGCGUUGUCGCCAAGUGCGCGGUGCUGCGAUGAGGCUGCUCGCGUCGACACGGACGACUCUGAGACGCUUAUCUUCGUUGACGUCGACGGUGUCCUCAACGUAGGGAUCGCCGACCCUGGGCAGAGGGCCAUGGAGCUCAACGAUUCGAACAUCAAGAUUGCGCGGGAUAACUGGGAGACCAGGAUGCAGCUGAGCAAAGACUUCCGGAACAGCGUGGAGAGAGUGAUCGCCGUGUGCGAGCGCCACCCGGACGGCAGCGCGGACCCGCUGGCGGCGCACGUCGCGCGCGACGGCACCAGCCUGUCCGAGCUGCUCGUCUGGCGCCUGGCACACGGGUCAUCAGAACCGCGGGCAGCAAAUCGUUGGUCGUGCUCAGCUCCAGCUGGCGGAGCGAGCCGCGCCGCGUGCGGCAGCUGGAAGAGGCGCUGGGCCGCCACCUGGAGGAGCCCUUCUCCUUCGGCGCCCACACGGACGCGUGCGAGGAGAGUGGGGCCCCAGAAGUCCGCCUCCAGUCCAUCGCGCUGUUCGUGGAGCGGCACUGUGCCGCGAGGGGGCCUCUGGCCGGGCGCCGCGCGGGCAGGUUGCGGGUGCUCGUGCUGGACGAUUUCCACAUUCAGCCUUUCGGUUGGAGCUGUGAGCAGGUGA